UCUCCUUUUGAUUCAGGACCCUGGCCCCCCUCUCUAUUCCGCCUCAAUUUCCCAGAUCACAUCGCUCCUUGUACUGCCGCCAUAUUGCCUUCGACUAAACGCGCUGGCUGGAUCGGCUCGCGUACCUUCAACUGAAAAUUGUUGCAGCAAUGACUCAGACAGUUCAGACGAACGGGGUUCAACCCCUCAGUAAGACCUGGGAACUGAGUCUGUAUGAGCUACAGAGAACUCCACAGACUCAGGAGGCUAUAACGGAUGGGCUGGAGAUAGCAGUGUCGCCCAGGUCCUUGCACAGUGAACUUAUGUGUCCUAUUUGCUUGGACAUGUUGAAGAACACAAUGACAACCAAAGAAUGUCUGCACCGCUUCUGCGCUGAUUGUAUCAUCACAGCUUUGAGAUCUGGCAAUAAAGAGUGUCCUACCUGCCGUAAGAAGCUAGUGUCCAAGAGGUCGCUGCGCCCAGACCCAAAUUUUGAUGCUCUCAUUAGUAAGAUUUAUCCUAGUCGUGAUGAGUACGAAGCCCACCAGGAGAGAGUUUUGGCCCGCAUUAGCAAACACAACAACCAGCAAGCUCUGUCACACAGCAUAGAAGAAGGGCUGAAGAUACAGGCGAUGACCAGACUGCAGCGUGGUAAAAGACACACAGUGGAGAAUGGUAGUGGAGCUGAGGACAACGGAGACUCCUCCCACUGUAGCAACGCUUCUGUUCACAGCAAUCAGGAGGCUGGUCCAAGCAUCAAACGCACCAAGACAAGUGAUGACAGCGGUUUGGACAUGGACAAUGCUGCUGAAAACGGGGGUGGGGAUUCUGUCAUUGACGGGGGCGCCAGCGAAAUAGAGCUGGUGUUUAGGCCACAUCCCACCCUGAUGGAAAAGGAUGACGGUCACAACAGUGUGGAGUUUGUCCCUCGCUACAUUAAGACGUCCGGUAACGCUACAGUGGAUCACCUCUCUAAAUACCUGGCUGUCCGUCUGGCUCUGGAGGAGCUGAGAAGAAAUGCAGAGGCCAGUCCUGUUAACGUGGAAGCAGCCUCAGAGAAACAGUACACCAUCUACAUCCCUACUGCUGGAAAUCAGUUCACUGUUCUGAAUGGUUCCUUCUCCCUGGAGCUGGUCAGUGAAAAGUACUGGAAGGUCAACAAACCCAUGGAGCUCUACUUUGCCCCUACUAAAGAACACAAGUAGACACACACAAAAUACCCAUGCAUUCACACAUGUACACACACACUCAACAGUAGGAAGUAAGCAGAUGGACUUGGCUACACCUGCGCACACAGAAACAAGAGGAGAGGAAGUGUGUGUUUGAAGGAGAACAAGGGGGUUCCUUAGACCCUCAAUAAGACUCUUGUAAAAAGAAAAAAAAAACGUGUUUUAUAUUCUCUGUAUCUUUCUCUGUGUCUCUUUCUAUUUUUCUUAGUAGGAGGCAGCAGAUCAGUACAACAGCAAGCAGACAGGACUGGCUGUAGAUUUGUUCCAUUCAUAGCUGUUUUUUUACGAAAGUUUAAAGGAAAUGUAGUAAACUAGACCCCUUCACACUUGUUUGCUUUGGCCUGUCCCAAGUUGCUGCCGUUGGUCACCAGUCUGGGCCUAGAUCUCACCGUGUGACAUGGCUGUUGAUUUAAGACAUGAGAGACUUGGAGAGAGAUUAUUGAAAUGGGACAGCUGCUAUGAAGCACAACUACAAUAUAAAAGGAUGCAACACUGAAAGUUUCCAUGGACAUAUCUAAGCAUGGAUACCACAUGGGUUUGUACGUGGUCAUGUAUGGAAGUAACUAAAGGCCAGAAUUAGAAUUUGCUCGACUGGACAUGUAGCACUGAGAUAGUUUACAUUCAGGAGGUUUUAUCGUAAUGGAUGUGGUUUGGAUUCUCCUCUUUGUAAUGUUAUUUCCAUUUGCUGUUAGCAUUUUAAAGUGCACUCUAGGAGUGUGUCUUGGCUCUCAUGAUUGACAGAAUGAGAAGUCACACAGAUUCAGGCUGAAUGAUUAUCCUUGAUGGUGUGAAUGUUUAUCAGUCAAAUCUCAGAAGCUUCAUGUUUAGAAUUGGCUUCAAUCUUCUUCUGAAAAAGACUUGUGGAAUAAGAAGAUGAUGCAUACAUUUGUUUGGGAUCUAGUAAACCUAAAUUGACAUUGUGCAUUGAUACUGAGGAGCUUGACAGUUGUGACCAGCAGUGGGCAGUUCAAGCAUCAGCUAUAAAGUUAGAGCACUGAGGGAAGUUCGUUUUACAUAUUAUCUGUAAUCUUUCAAAGAAGCGUGGCUGCAGUUUGUUUACCAGGAGAGGCUGCUGUCCAGAGGUAAAACCGUAUGAUCUAAUGACCAUGAUACUGAAUGCAUUAACAGUACAGCUGCAGCUUCAGCAGGAGUUCUGCUGUUUGUAUAAUAUGAGGGAGUGGAGGGGGGUCAGCAGAGUAACCUGUCAUUUGGAAACCCUGGCGGAGCUGUUGUUUUGAUCUGCUGCCGGUAGGAACAAACCGUCUUCUAAUAUCCGUUGCUGCUCUAUGGCUCGUCCUUUUAUAAAUGUCUUUUGUAACAUGGAGAGGAAGCAGUUUGUGUGAUUGUGGGGAGGGAUAUUUUUGCUGCACCAUAUACAGUCUGACCGUACCAGUAUUCACUAUCUCCCACUGUUUCCACAAAUCUACUCCACUUGCUGUUAAAUCACCACUGACUCACCAGUGGAAAAGGCUUGACUGUCACAGGAGGAUUACUAGCUCGCCGUCACGCAUAGCGAGUGUGUUUAAUGUUUUAGUACUUUUUUUUUCUUUUUUUUCCCCACCUUUCAUGUAUCUGACUGAGGGGUCUGGAUGUUCCACGGGAACAGAAUCCUCAGAUAACUAAAGACAAUUCAAGCCCUUGAGAGUGAGGAAGAGUGAAUGUUUAGGCAGAUCAUCAUAUCAGCCUUAUUUUCUUUUGCAGCUGAUUUUUUAAUUAUUGUCUCAAGGGACCUGGGCAAACUACCACCAUAACAUUUGGAUUGAUUCAAAUGUGAUACUGCUCUUCUGAACUGACCUACCUUUCUGUAUGUGCAACAGUUUGAGUUUGAAGACAAACCAUGGUAGACAAAUGUGAAGAGUAUGAGCAGGACUGCAAAGAGCAUGCCAAGUUAAUGUCUCACAUGGUCUACAGGCACCGCCAUAGCCACUGAGGGACAUGGACAAUAAUCAUGAGUGAUUGGGUGUAUUAAUGAGUGUGUUCUGUAAUAAGGGUCAAAUAAGAGGGGUGGGGUUACUGUUUUCGCGACAUGUCUGGGCUCAUGGUUUAGAGUUGUUUUUUUUGUAGUUAAAAAAAAAAAAAACUCACUGACAAGGUGAAAACCUUCUCUUGUCAUACAAACUUCUCAUUUGAUUUUUUUCCAGUGUGUUCCUGAUGCAACGCUAAUCAUGAAUCCCGCAGCAGUGAUGAAAAAACUAGUAGACUGGUGUCCUUGUUGUCAUCACCUCAUGUUCCUGGAUUGAUGUUCAGCUCAUUCAAAGUAGAAGCAUAUUAUUCACGAGAAGUCACAGUGACCAAAUUAAAAGACACGUUCUAAAAAGGUAUGAAACUUUCUUCUUAAUUUGAUCACUUGGACUUUAUAAUCAGAUGACUUUGAUGCAAUAAUGCAACAAAGUCAUCUGAUUAUAAAGUCAAAUGGUUAAAUUAAGAAGAGAGUGAGAAAGGGAAGGGAAAAAGAGAACUGUUGUGAGAAAAAGCCUAAACACUGAAACCAGUAAUUAUGCGGGGGGAAUUUGUGUACGUACAUAUUAUUGGCAGAACUGUAUCCAGUGUACCACCACUCUAUUGAUAGUUUUGAAAAUGUACCUCUGUUUCCUAAACUUUUAACACAAAAAUCAUGUUUAGUAAUUUUUUCAAGCACAGAAUUUAGAUGAGUAUUCUCCGGCUCCAGCUCUCUCUCCUGGUGAUGAGCUGCGUUUCCUCAUCAUAUCUUACAGUAAAACAAGUCUCUGUAGGUUUUGUAUUGCUGGUCAAAUAAAACGUGUGAAUUUGGGGCUCUGGAAAAUUAUAGAUGAACUUUUUACUAGUUUGUGAAAUUUUAUAGACCGCACAGUUCAACGUAAAACUGUGUGUAUGAGGAAUGGAAAUAACGAUUAGUUGCAGCUGUAUUUCUAAACUCUUUACCAUCCUCAUCAGACGACACUUUGUUAAUUUGUUAUGGAUACGACUGUUUUUCUACUGGAAAGGGAAAAAAAUGACCUUAAAUUGAAAGUGUCUGAAAAUUGUGUGUCGAGAGGAAACCUAUCACUCUGUGGCGUUGCGUCUUUGGUCUGCCUGGUAAUGUGCCAGCCGGACUUUCCCAUAACCCACAAGGGAUGCCCCUAACUCAAGACGUUCUCUGCUUUUGAGCUUUAGGAACGAGGCCUGACAUGUGUCAUAGCAUACACUGAUGGGGGUGGAAGUGGGUCAGAGUCCCAGCCCGUCUCCUUUGGUACCAGUGUGUCUGAUUAGCCGUCUGUGUGGAACUGUAUACUACAUUUUUCUGUUGGGACAAUAAACCUGAGUCUGUGUCCAACAUUAA